AUGAAGGCCACCCUCUUUACUCUUUCUCUCCUCGGCAGCGCCUUGGGUGUACCGACCAAGACCAUCGAGAACCGACAACUCGGCGAUCUUUCCUCUCUAGGUGGGCCUCGCCGCGCGCAGACACGCAAGGGUAACAGUAGCACCCGACGCACGAACAAGGAACGUACCAGAAACAGCACACCAUCGCCGAGGUUCGAGAUACAAUGUGACCCGCAGCAACCAACGGAGACCGGACGUGCUUUGAUAUCAUCCGAACUACUCCCUGGCUCCUCCAUGGAUCUCACAACUUUCCACCCCUCUGGAGAACACAUAUAUGGGGAGGAGUUACCACCCAUGGACGAUCACAUUCUCCAUGCCUAUAUCAGCUCUUUCACCAAGGAUGAGGAGAUUUUCCUUCAGUCGCAUCCGCUCGCGAAUCACUUUGACAUGUCCUCCGUGCCUUUAACAGCCAACAGUAGCUGCAGGUCACCACUUUGGGUGCAAGGUUCCUCCGGGUCUCAAGACUCCUACGGCGAGGAACGGAAUCACUCUUCUCAAUUCCUGAAUGCCUCUGUGCUCAUGGCUGAAAUUCAUGAGCAAACCGUUUUACUUAAAGACGACUCCCGCAUUCCGAGCCUCGGUGGAGCCGAAGAAAGCCCCGACAAGUAUCCCGUUGGCCCAAUUCUGGGGUUAACGCGAAGACUCGCAGCUGAACUACGACACUCGUGGCGGCCAAAGUUGUCGGUACAACAGCAACUCCGACCCACCUCUUCUCUGUCCACGUCGACAUACCCCGUGUGUCCGGAAAGCAUGGAUAUCUUUAGCAUACCUCGAGGUCAACAAACACCGUCCGAAGUUCUCGAUUCCAAGUCAAGUUCCACAGAGAUGCCGGACUUGGCAACCGAUCUGUUAAUGUUGACCGGUUACGCGUCUCUCACGAAACUAUACGCGAUCGUAUUCAGCCAGAUCCACAAUGUCCUCCAGGGAUUGCCGGAAUCCGUCUCUUCCUCUCGCCAUGCACAGUCUCACGACCUAGGGGAAGCAGAGCUACUACAGCCAGGGGAGCUCUCAGCACCUACUAGUACUUUUGAGGCUUGCAGUAGAGUCUAUACAAUCGUGCAAAUGCUUCUGGAUGAGUUUCAUGCCGUGGAGGAUAUUGUUUCAUUCCCUCAUCGGCAUGACCCGGAGUCCUCACCUUUUGAGAAAGAAAACAAUUCAUUAGAAGAGGCACAGCAGCAGCCGCCGCCGCUCGGGGCGGAUCUCAAAUCCCAUCCAGGCUGGCGGACUCGACAAAUUGAAAUGGUCAGGGCAGGUUUGAAGGAAGACAUGUCUCGCACCUUGAGAUUUGGCAGCCAAAGAGAGUGGAGCAGCGUACUACAGUAUGGCCAUUAUCUGAAGGCAUUGCUUCGUGAAAGGAUGGGCUUAUAG